GCAUCUGAGAAGGGAGAAGGAACGGGAGUGUGAGACAGCUAUGAAAUUCAUCCAAGCUAUUUGCUUACUGCUUCUCUGUCCAGCUUUGAGCCUCAACACCAGACAAGGCUACGAUGGGCUUGAAAAGAAGCUAAAGGAAGUCUUCAGUGAACGAAGCAGCAUCCUGCACCAGCUCUCCAAGACAUCAAAGGAGCUGGACAGCAUAAAAGGCAACCUUCAGUCUCUGAAAAAUGAUGACUCAGUGGCCAAGAAGGAUGUGCAGAGGAUUCUGGAGCUCAGCCACAAACAGAGGGAGGAGAUGAAGUCCCUCCAGGCGGCCUUGCAGAAGCAGCUGGAUGAGGCAAAUGAGAGAGCGGAGAAGCAGCAGGCCACGAUUAAAUUUCUGAAAGUGGAGAUGGAGAAAAAGACCAAAAUCAUCAAGGAUUUACAGCAAGAGAACAAGAGCUUGAAGAAUAAACUACUCUCGGGACACAAACUUUGUGACGCCUAUGCUGAAGAGUCCAAAAAAAUCCAGGCUCAACUGAAAGAACUGCGGUACGGGAAAAAGGAUUUAAUUUUUAAGGGGCAGCAGCUAAUGGACCUGGAGCACAAGUUAACUAUAGCUAAGGAAGAACUGGAGAAGACUGCACUGGAUAAGGAUUCUCAGAUGAAGGCGCUGAAGGACACAGUUCACAUCUGCUUCUCAGCUGUCCUGCACAACCAGCCCAGCAGCAGCCACAGAUUUCCCACCUCCCCCACCCACUUGUUCAGAUACUCAUCACUCAUCAACAGCUCCAGAGUCACCUUUCAGCAGCCACAUGCCAAGGAUAUCUCUAAAGUUCAGAGAAUUGUCACAGCCAGUAAAUCGCCCGCGAACGUCAGCGUAAUGAGGAGAGAGAGUGGAGGAGUUAAAGAGUGCCAGGUGGAAAAGGCCGGGGGCAACUGCUUCCAGAAUCAGACGGAGGAAUCGGCCCCGGAAAGUAAAAAGCUACCAGAGCCGCAGCAGCAAAGGAGCCAAGCGCAGACUGGAAAAUUCAACACAAAGCUCUCAGACGACAGCGAGGAGGCAGAGGGAGGCAGCAGCAAAAAGACAAAGCCACAUGAAUACAACUGA